AUGAAUGCAAACAGAAGAAGACAAAUAGAGGAUCACAUUGACUCACGAAGAAGAAAGCGGAAAGGGAUGUUUCUGACGGUAAUAUGUUUGAUGCACGAGUACUACAACGCGUACAUUGAUCGAUCGCCAUGCAUGACAUCUUCAUAUAUUGGUGAUAAAUGGGUUGGAGAGUUUCUUGCAGGGCACCCAACAAUAUUUUUUAAUAUGUUUCGAAUGAGAAAGACAAUAUUUAUCAAUCUCCUGGAAUUACUUGUAGGAGCUCACGGCCUUCGUGGAUCUUCGAGGACCACUCCACGUGACGUGCUCGCAAUAACACUAUUUACAUUAUCCCAAAAUGAGUCAAUGCGAGGAGCGAUGGAGCGGUUUCAGCACUCAUCUAAAACAAAAAGCAAGAACUUCUCAAUCGGAUUGAGCGCCGCACUUGUUAGUCUGUUCUAUCAUGUCAUUAGACCCAUAGAUUAUAAGUUCAAGCAAACACCUGCUGAGAUAACGAAGGAUGCGCGAUAUAUGCCCUUCUUCAAGGACUGCAUCGACGCGAUUGAUGGAACACAUGUUGACGCACGUAUCCCAAAAAAUGAUAAGGUUGCAUUUAUCGGCCGUUGUGGUAGCCCCACCCAAAAUGUCAUGGCCGUUUGCGACUUCAAUCUGUGUUUCACUUUUGUUAAGGCUGGUUGGGAGGGCAGCGCACAUGACAGUCGAGUUUUUAAAUCUGCGACGCGGGAUCCCAAUACCAAAUUUCCACAUCCACCUACAGGCAAAUACUAUUUGGUCGAUGCUGGUUACCCAUUGCAACGAGGAUAUCUAACACCAUUUCCUGACACGAGAUAUCACAUACCAGAUUUUGCACGUGCUAACAACAUUACACGAGGCAGAAAGGAAAUGUUUAAUAAAAGACAUUCAUCGUUACGUGGUGUAAUAGAGAGGACCUUUGGUGUGUGGAAAAAGAAAUGGGUGAUAGUCCGUGAUAUGCCUCCCUACAGCUUCUCCAAGCAAUUACAAAUUGUGUUCGCUACAAUGACCCUCCAUAAUUACAUUAGAAGACAUCACUCACGUAAUGAUAUCGACUUCCAUUCGGCGGAAGAGGAUGAAGAAAAUGUGCCUGUAGAAGCCUUUGAAUAUCGUUUAGGUCAUUCUUUCACAGAAGUGGAGAAUGAUGCUUCAACCACCUGCACUGUAGACGGGGAAGGUGCAAGCGAAAUGGCAGAAUUGAGGGAACGGAUAGCUGAUGCGAUAGCAGGAGCAGAUCGAAUCAAACUAGCUUUUAUGGAUUAUAAAUCAU